CACUCCAAGUUUAUUUCUUGACGAGCGAUAUACUAAGUAACCAAUGAGAUGAAAAGGUCAUUCGGACACUGCUCAAGGCCGAUCAGAUCCUGUUACAAAUGCAUACACUCCAUGGGUGCGGCUGCCACAUCACUGCAAAUGUGAAAAUUGUGAAUAAGUCUUCGUUGUUGAUCGAAGUCCAUCGAGCCGUACCCCACAGUGGCAUACACCCGUACCAAAAAAAACUCGCGGAGUGCAUCUGCCACCUCAUGCGAAUGAUAUUGGAUCAUCACCAUCAUCAAUUUGCACGCUAAUGCUACAAGAAGAUUAUGCCACGGGGCGUGAGCUGGCAUCUAUUUUGUCUCCAAGCAUACGGCGAUGAAAACACAUGAAAG